UUAAAUAUAGAAAAAACAAACGUAGGCCUGGAGACGACAACUCAUUUUAUGUCACAUCAUUUGUCAGUAUUAUUUAGGAACAAUUCUGUUUAUUUUUUUACACUUUUAAGUAUAAAUAUGUGCGCGAUAUUUGCCUCGGUUUCACAUUAAACAAUAUUCCAGACCUGCUUGUGAAAUAUUUGUUGAAUCCACGAUGUCAGUCGAGAAGUCGCAACACAACUCUGUGCUCUCAGAGAAGCGGACGUCGCAGUGGGAGGAGUUAAUGAAGAAGUUUUCGAAGGCCCAUAAGGAAGAGUGCAAGUCAGUUUCUUUGGACAUACCUCGGGUGCACCGUUCGGUGAAGCAGUUCCCAACCGGCUCCCAGUAUGAAGGUACUUGGGAUGUUCUGGGCAUGAGUGGUUUCGGUACUUACACAUUUCCACAUGGAGUCGUAUAUGAGGGUGAAUUCGAAGACGGCAUGUUCCACGGUUCAGGAGAGCUCCAGUACCCGAGCGGCGUGAUACUGCGCGGCAAAUGGAAGAAAGGACAGAUGACCGAACGAAAAGUCGUAUUCGCUGAUGGCUUGCAAUACAGCGAAACUGAUUGGAAAUAUUGUCGUAUGCCUGAUAGAAGGUUCACCAUAGAAUACGAGAAGGGUCUUCAACCAGCUGGGCGUUCGUACCUGACUGCCCAACAGCCGACUGUGGAGAUACCGCCUGGCUACUACGAUACAGGCGACGGCUUCUACGAUCCAAAGACCAAAACCGUUUAUAAAUAUGAAGACAUCACUGCAAUUAUAAGGUCACCAUCACUGCAAGAGCAGACGUGGAUACUGGAGAACUGUCGCACGAGCCCCGACGUGCCACAGGGACCGCGGCCCGACCUCUACGAGGAGUGGCUCGAACCGCAGGAGCAUCCCGAGCCCGCGCCGGCGCCCGCAGCCCCCUCACGGGCACCCCUCAAGUCUGCUUACAGGCCUUCCACCAUUGACGAAGAUUUGGAGACUACCGACGAUAGUUCAACACUCGAGUUAGAUGUGUUUUCGACAAUAUGGGCAAAUAAAGAGUUACUUCGCUACGAUCCUACUGGAUACAGAAAUAGUACCACAGUCAGCCGCGAAGCUUCUGAGUGACUAUCCAUAUUCAAGAAUUAAAAAAAAAAACAAAUACGUAAACCUGUUUACAAAUAUGUCUUUUUCUUUAAAGUUUUAUAAUAUUUUUUAAAUGUAUUUUUUACUUUUUUACGUUUAUUUUAAUAAAAUAAUUUUAUUUGUCUUAAUUAUCAUAAAAUAUGACAUAAAUCAAUCGAAAUCUAAAACACUAUAAUCUAAAUCAGUGAUUCCCAAAGUGGUCUAUAUCGACCCCUAGGGGUCUAUGACAAUCUGCAAGGGGUCUACGUCGGCGAAAAAAAAUUUGGGGGUCCAUGAAAUGAAAAUGGGGGUCCACGACAGUGGACG